AUGCUGUCUCUUCACGGGGGGCUCCUGUGGCUCGCCAUCUUAGGUUUGUCUCGGGCUCAGCAUGAGGUCACCAUAGAGGAGGGGCCCCUCUUCCGCACCGUGCGCUCUCACGCCACCAUCUGGUGUGAGGUUUCGGGGAACAUGGGGGCCUCCAACCAGGAAUUUGAGUUCUCCGUCCGUCUGCCGUCAGAUCCAGAGAAGGAGAUAAAGGUGGUGAGCACCAGUGACCCCCAUUUCCCAUAUUCAGCCUACGCUGGGCGUGUCCGGAGCCGAGACAUCUACAUAGAGAAGGUCUCCAGGGGCCACACCGUCCUCCACAUCAUCAAUCUGCAGGAGAAGGACACGGGCGAGUACGAAUGUUACACACCCAAUACCAUCGCCACCUACCUUGGUACCUACAGUGCCAGGACCAACCUGACAGUCAUACCAAACACUCUGCGGGUUCUGAUGCCUCUCGGGGCCGUGGAGACGUCAGAGGGAUCUUCCCUGGAUCUGACCUGCCAGGUCUCUAUGGCCUCCUCCCAGCACACCCACCUGUCCGUCUCCUGGAUCCUCUCCACUGACCGGGAAUCCGAGAUCCUGACCUUGUCCCGGGACUUUGUCCUCCACCCUGGUGGGGCAUUCCCUGAGAGAGUCACAGCUGGAGAGGUACGUAUGGACAAGCUGAGCGAGACCACCUACAGGCUGACCAUUGGGGCCCUCCGCCAGUCAGACCAAGGCGAGAUCUUCUGCCGGGGAUCCGAGUGGAUCCAGGAUCCCAGCGGAGUGUGGACGAAGAUCGCCGAGAAGGACUCGGAGAAGACCACCGUGAAGGUGGCAACAGUGCAGGGUGGAGAUUUUGGAGUCCAGCUGGAGGCGCCGGCCACGGUUCUCACCCCAGGACACCCCCUGGAGGUCAUCUGCUCCAUCACUAACACGAGUCCCGGGGGCGGGCAGUUCCGCGUUGUCUGGCUGCUCGGUGGAACCAAAACGGCCACCUGGGAGUCAUCUGGAGUGGUCACAUUCAGAAAGGAGUCUGGCUCCGCAGGGGCGGAGGGACGGCUGGUUGUGCACAGGCGGGACCUGACUACCUGGGUGCUCAGGAUCAGUCAGGUGCGGAUUGAAGAUGGCGGCUCAUACGUCUGCGAGGUCACCGACGAGCGGAGCAAGAAGACCCAGAUCUCCAAACUGAUGUCUGUGGAGGUGAAACGACCAGAGUCGCGCGCUCCGCAGGUCUCGCUCACGGCGGUCACGUCUCAGCUCUAUGAAGGGGAUUCGUUGGGGUUUCGCUGUCUGGUCUCCUCCUCAUCCUCCUCCUCGGCUUCUCUCGGUUGGUUCCGGAAGGCGGCAUCGGGCGACUUGACGCAAAUCGCGACCAUACUGCCGGACGGUCGGCUGGUGAUUGGUACAGAUUAUAAGAGCAAACAUGAUGAGGGUCACCUGGUGGUGGAGAAGGGAGAUUCCGGGCUCUUUAUUCUCAGGUUGGAUGAUCUGACGCAAAGCGACAAAGGAGACUAUGUCUGCCGCUAUACCGAGGGGACGCAGGGCGAGGGCAGAGCCUGGAUAGAUGUCACCACGGACAGUAACGGUGUCCAGAUAGAUGUCCAGCAUCUGAACUCCGCCCUCCAAGUCUCACUCAUGACGCGGGACUCGAAGGCCAUCUUGGGUCACACGGCCACCCUCUACUGCAGCGCCAAAGCCAGUUUCAGCCUGAGCGGUCGGCGCCUCGUCUGGUCCUGGUUCUUCCAGCCUAAACAGCGGGGGCCCUUCGAGAGCCUGGUGCGGGGGUCCGGGAAUGGGGAGCUGGUGUGGGGAGAAUCGUAUCCCGACUUCAACGGAAAAACUCAGAUCUCGCUAAAUGCCGACAAAUCCGUCCUGAGCGUCCAUCGAGUCCAGAGAUCGCGGCAGAGCGGAGCCUAUCAGUGCAGAGUCACCAUACCGACCACCCAGAGCGCGGCGACACCGGCUACCAUCUCCUCCAAUACUGUCUCUAUACACGUCCAACUUCCAGAAAUGAAGCUGAGGCUAGGCUCCGCCCCUGGCGCACUGGCACUGACCGCAGGACAGGACGAGGCUGAGGUCACCUGUAGGAUCCUGGAGCGCACCCCCAACGCUAAACUCAGCAUCGUUUGGUUCUUUCGCCCGCCAUCAUCCGCUUCUUCAGUGGAGAUCCUUAGAGUGGACCUCGAGGGCGUGACCAGCCAAGAUCCAUCACCCCGCCCCCGCUUCAUCUCUGGACGCUCCUCCGCGGACUUCUUCCUCCUACGGAUCCUCAGACCGGGCCUCCGGGAGGUGGGGUCCUACCACUGCAUGGCGCAGGAAUGGCUACUGGAGGAGACGGGCAACUGGACCCAACUGGGGGAGAAAAAAUCCGGAGACACCCAGAUCACCUUCAUUGCCUCUGAUCAGACCCUGAGGCUCCCUAAGCAGAAUGUCAGCUCUUCCGUCAAGCAGGGAGAGGAUUUGGCGCUGCGCUGCACCCUGGAGGCGGGACUUAGUUCUUCAUCACUCCUCUCCAUCUCCUGGUAUCUGCAGGGGUGGGACUUCCGUCCUCCCCGCCUCCUGUGCCGGACUGAUCGGGAAGGGGUGACGGAGUACGAGGACAGCCGCCUGCGUAUGGUGGCCCCCGGGCGGGGGGAUUACCGCCUGGUGCUCCAGAGGGCGGAGCAGGAGGACUCGGGGAGGUACUUCUGCCAGGUGGAGGAAUGGAGAAUGCAGGAGGGGGAAUGGAAGAUGGCCGCCUCUGACCAAUCCGGAUUCCUGAAGAUCAGCGUCACCCCGCCUGAAGAUCACCUGAGUUUGAAUCUCACCGAAUUAACCCUUGUGGUGGCAGAACAGUCCACUAUCACCCUCCCCUGCCAGGUUUUGGCGGUGUCCAUGGCCAGCUCUCGCCUGUCGGUCUCCUGGUGGAAGGCGGAGGGCCCCGGGGCCCCACACAUGCUCCUGUUUGGAGUCAACCACACGGGUGAGUUUCUUUAUUCCCAGGAGAAGAGAGACCGGCUCCAGUAUGAGCGUCCAUCAGAGCUGACCUUCCAUCUGAGGAUCCACGGGGGUCACAUGACUGACAGAGGCACCUAUUACUGCCGGGUCCAGGAGUGGCUGCUGAGCCCCCGCGGAGUCUGGGAGCCAAUAGGAGAGCACCAAUCCAAAAACAUCUCUGUCUACAUCCAGACUGCAGGUUCCUCCUCACCGAUCUGCACCUCGCCAUCCCUCUUCCACUUCCUGUUGUUAUUCACCAUCCUCUUCAUCAUCCUCGUCCUCUCGCUCAUCGCUCUGGCAUUGUGGCGUUGUAGAGGUAGCGGGGGGCAGCGGAGGGCCCCGGGGGGUCUGUGGUCCUCUGUGAAGAUGUCUGAGAUGGAGAAGGAAGAUGGAGGACAAACUUGAUGAUGAAAUGACCCCCCCGCCACACCGCCAACCACGUUAUCCGGUAAAGGGAACCUGUAUAGUCCACGAUGAGCCGUAUCUGAGGGGGUGACCCCCCAACUUACCGGAGAGCCAUUGAUGGAAUCCUCCAAGAAGUAAAUGAAGUCAGUAGAUGACCACCAACCUCCACCUAUACCGGGGAUAUCCCUCUUGGGUGGAUGGGCCCCGGGGCCGAGCGUGUCUACAUUCCUCCUCUGUGGUGGCCCUUAUGAGGACGAUCAGAUCUCAGGACAUACGUGGCCCGCGGGGGUCACAUUCCUAAGAUCCUCAAUCUUCUCAGCACUCUCAAUAAACCAACAUUGUCUACGUCCUUCUUAUUUAUUGAUGUUUCUGAAGUAAGAACUGUCUGUGUUGCUCAAAGCUUUUCCUGUUACAUGGACCCCAAUAAUACAUAAAAUACAAUAAUAAAUCAU